CAACAAUUAAACUACCUGCGUCGAGAAGAUUUUUGGCUUGAUACAUGAUAAUCUGAAGAAAGAAAUAUCUCCUCUUUCGGGUCAAUGCACUCAGGUUGGUCUCUCUCUCUCUCGCUCAUGGGUGGAAAUAAAUUUAUUUGCUCUGUUAAUCCAUCCAAGUGCUAAUUAUUUCUGGGAAAUUCAUUUGUUCUAAAAUUGCCACUUCCAUUUUCCUUCAAAUGGUCCUUGCCUGGCUACAUUUGAUAAGAACCCUCCAAUCCCCAUUUUUGCUCCUUGGGUUAGCUCAGCCAGUCUCCUUAGUAUACUCUGAUUUUUAUUUAUUUAUUUAUUAUUAUUAUUUUUUGGGCUUGCAAGGUGACGGUAAAGCUUCGACUUUGUUUGGAAUUUGGUUCUAAGUAUGUCUACCGUGAUCGCCGCCAUCUCACCGUCUGCAGCUCCGGAUACUACUGCCAUCGAGGUCGUUGAGAAGCCUGUUCGAAAAUUUCCACCUCCGUGUUGGACCCAAGAGGAGACUUUGGCGUUGAUUGACGCUUACCGUGAGAGGUGGUAUGCCCUUCGCCGGGGAUACCUUCGGACGGCGGACUGGGAUGCUGUGGCUGCAGCCGUUACCAGCCGUUGCCCAGAUGCUUCUCCGGCUAAGACAUCUGCUCAGUGCCGACAUAAGAUGGAGAAGCUACGUCAGCGCUACCGUGCCGAGAAGCAGCGGUCGUUGACUUACCCCGUCGGCCGGUUUUUCUCAUCUUGGUUUUUCUUUGAGUAUAUGGAUGCUAUGGAGAAUGGAACCACUGUUUCUGCUGCUGGAUCGAAUCAGGAGUCGGAAAAUCUCGAUGUUUCUGGUAAUGAAUCUCGGCUGAAAACAUUUGUUGAUCAGAAUGUAGUGAAAUUGAAGCUUAAUUCUAAAAAAUGGUCAAAACUUCCUAAUGGUAUAAGUCCUAAUUUUGGUUUAGGCCAUGGGUUUAGAGCUAAUCAAUCCUCCAAAAAUGUUGAGGUGAAGGUGAAUACUGAUUUUGUGCCAAAGGCUCUAAAUGGAUAUAAUGGUUUUCUAGACCCAAUAUCUGAUAAAGGUGAUGAAGGAUUGGGUUUUCGUGUUAAGAGUCUCGAUGAGGGUCUUGUGGGAGCUCCAGUGUUUAAAUUUAAGAACUUUGGAAAUGCUUUUGCGAAUUCAAGAAGUGGUUUUGAUGCUAGUAAUGAGUUCACUAAGAAAUCAUUGGGUGAUGAUAGUUCCAUGCCACCACGAAUUAGAUUGAAGAGAAAAGGGAGGAUAGAUGGGACUCUAAGUGGAAAUGUUAGCUACGGCGUGGUGAAUAACGAUCAUGAUAAUUCUAAGAACAGACUCUGGGUGCCGGUUGGGACAAGGGAAACUUACGGUGGAAAUUUGGAAUCUGACCUGUGGGGUGUGAAUGGGUUUCGGAGUUCUUCCACGAUGGGAUUUGAGAAGCGAGUGACGGGUUGUGAUCCCUUGAGCGAGGGUAAUAGAUGGAGGAGCGCAAUUGAUGAAAUGGUUUCUGCAAUUAAAAUGUUGGCAGAGGGAUUCAUGAAGAUGGAAAAUAUGAAAAUGGAGAUGGCAAGAGAGAUUGAGAAAAAUAGAAGGGAGAUGGAGGUAAAGCGGAAUGAGAUGAUACUCGAGUCACAGCGCCAGAUUGUGGAUGCUCUUGCGAAGGGAUUAUUUGAGAUGAAGAACAAGAAAUUGAAGAAGAAUACCGCAGUUUCAGAAACGCAAUGA